AUGACGACCAUAGUAAACUAUGAAGGGGCUGUUGAAAGAAUUAAUGCUGUGCUAAUGCGCAAAUUUGGUGAAUUUGCAGACACACUCAGGCUCGUUGACCUUCCGGUUUUCCUACAAUAUUACGCCUUUGAUGUCAUUGCUUCUAUUACGAUGGAUAGGAAUUUCGAUAUGAUGGAGACUGAAAGGGAUCGUACUGGUUUUCUGCACAAAAUCAAAGUUGCCACGAAACAUCAUAUGUCCUUCGGUCCCUUUCCGUUCUUACAUGUUGUACUCGCCAGAGUUGCUGGUUUGCUUAAAAUGAAAAAUCCGCAUAAUGAGCUGUUCCAGUUCAUCGCGGAAUCAGUUGAACGAUUUCGUCAGCUCGGCUCAAAGCCCAGUGAGAACCAGAUGUCUGAACCGUUCCUCGCCAAACUUUUGGAUCUAGAACGGAAAGGGAAAAUCAAUGAAGGAUCUAUUUUCAGUUCAUGUGGUUCCAAUGUCAUCGCUGGGUCUGAUACUACAGCCAUCACUCUAAGUGCGGCUUUCUACUAUAUAUACCGAAACCCAAUUGUUCUUGGGAAGUUACGAGAUGAGAUUGAUGCACGGGAACGGGCAGGGCUAUUAUCGAAUCCAGCUAGGUUCAAAGAAGCCCAACAGAUGCCAUACCUGCAAGCAAUAAUCAAGGAAACGCUUAGGAUGCAUCCGGCCGUGGCCCAAAUGCUUCCACGAGAAGUUCCGCAAAACGGCGUCCUCCUGAGUGGAUAUAAAUUUCCAGCAAAGACACAGGUUGGCAUCAGUGCGUGGGCACUGCACUAUAAUCCAGACCUGAUUGAUUCCCCUCGAGCUUUCCGUCCUGAAAGAUGGCUCGAAGACCACGGACAUACACUACCGAGUUCGGCCUUGAAUUUUGCGUUCGGCGGUGGCUCGCGUAUAUGCCUCGGCAGGAAUAUCAGUCUCCUCGAGCUGACCAAAGUCAUCCCUGAGGUGGUGCGUCAUUUCGAUAUUCGCUUCGAAAAUCCUGAUCAACCAUGGAAACUUGACGUCGGCUGGUUCACCUGGUCCUCGUACAAGUGCUGGAUUGAAAAGAGGAAACCUGCGGAGAGGGCUGUUUGA